AUGCACAAGCGCUUGACCGGUGUCAAUUACUGGGGAAUUGAUCCUCUGCAUGGUUCGUCAUACUUUCCUUACUCUAGCAAGGAAUUUCCCCAAAUUGCAACACAUCCAGAUAACACCAGGGCAGCAGAAGACACAGUGUUUCAAGAGGGGAAAGAGAAAAACCCAGCGGCGAAGCACAAUGAUCCAAACUGCAUCAUAUAUGACCUGACUAGAGAAGUUGCUGCUGAAUCUACACUACACAUUGAGAAUCACAACCAUAAAAAGGAAUUAAACCAUGAUUUUGAUCUGAAUAAAACACCUCUACCGAAAUCCAAAAGAAGAAAGCAUCGCCCCAAAGUCAUAAAAGAAAGCAAACCCAGAAGAACUAGCAAGAAAGUCACUGCAGAGUCUGUUCAGUCAAAAGGAAACCCAACUGACAAGAGGAAGCAGAGAAGAAAAGGACUGAAAACAAGUUUUACUCCUCAAACAGAAGUGACAGAAAAAAUGACUAAACCAUGGAUUUCUGAAUCUGCCAAUACGACGUGUAGAAGGUCUUUAAAUUUUGAUACAAGAGAACAAGCAAGAGAAAAUGCUGGCUAUAGAAAAACGAGGAAUUUUGACAAAGACACCAGAGUGGUGAUUGAAGAAAAGCAGUCCUAUCUUUAUCAAAAAUACAAUUUCCUUAGGACCAACCCAAAUCUCAACUAUAACAGCUGCUCAAGAGCACAACUGAGUCCAAACGACGGUAAAUUUUUUAGCAGAGAAUAUGGAGUACAAGCAGUUGGUUCAAAGAGAAAACAACCUAGUAUUGAGCAGGAUAAUAGCAGCAGCAUUAAUAUGAUUGGAGCAGAGUAUUAUACUGAGCAGGCAUAUUGCCAGGACUAUGUGAUUCAGUUUCAAAAUGUUCAGAAGAAAAGGAGAAGUGAAAAGGGGAGAACUUCAAGUACAUCCUGUAAAUCUUCUGUGACUGCCACAAAAGAUGUAGAACCGGCCACAUACUUACAAGAUGCUAGAUUACAUUCUCAUGUGUCAAGUCCCAACUGCUGGAAUUCUGUUUCGGAGUAUAGUGCAGCUGGACUCCCAGUCAUGAUUACAGCUAUAGAAAGUGAUAUUCAUGAUAAACUUCAAUCCCUUGAGUACAACUUGUCUUUAGGGCAGAAGAGACCGACCAAAAGAAGAUCAAGAGUUUCUACCAGAAUUCAUGCCCAUCCAGCUCAUAAUGCAAAGCAGAAAUGUAGCUCCAACAGACAAACAUUUAUGGAUGCCAAAAGACCACAGACGUGCAUUGAUGCUUUAGUUGCAGAUAUGGGAGCAACACUCACAAAAAAGAAACGAACUAGAAAGAGAAGUACUCCAGUAAAUUCAACUUUUUCCUGUACACAUGAAAAACAACACAACACAUCAGGUAUUGCCCCUGAAGACAUAUGGAAAAAGAUACAUACUGUGGAGGCUUUAACAGAGCAGUUUAGAUGCCUAACCAUAAACAGAGAAACUCAAGAGCCUGAUAGGACCAUUAUUCCCCACAAGAAACCAUCUGAUGCCAAAAUUAUGCAGAUCACAAGAGCUAAAGUUGAUAUUGAUAAGGAGACCGAUAGAGUCUGCACGCUUUUACUGGCAGAUAUUAACAGGCCUGGGAUUGAUGGAAGUGAGACAGAUAAGGCCAAAUGGUGGGAAGAAGAACGAAAAGUGUUUCAUGGACGAGCAGACUCAUUUAUUGCAAGGAUGCAUCUUGUACAAGGAGACAGGCGUUUUUCUAUGUGGAAGGGCUCUGUUGUGGAUUCUGUGGUAGGAGUUUUCCUCACUCAAAAUGUCUCAGACCAUCUUUCCAGUUCUGCAUUCAUGUCCCUUGCUGCUCGAUUUCCUCUAAGAUCAAACAGUGACCACAAAACAUGCUACAAGGAAAGCACAAGUUUCACAGUCAAUGAACCACAAGAGUGUGUUGUGGAGCCUGAAGAAAAUGAAAAUCUGAAAAAGAAAAUAUUUGAUCAAUCUGGUUGUGAAUUGAAUUCUAUGAUAAAGGAUGAAUCAAACAGCAACAUGUUUGAAUCAGCUCAAAGACAUAAAAGUGAACUUAGUCGAGUGGAGAGUGGAGCAAUUAGUGUCGUGACUGAGGAAGGGAAAGAAAAUUUAUGCCACGGGAGUGUUAGGAAGGAGUUAAAUAAUGUAUUUUCACCCCAAUGCUCCCCCAUUACAUCUCAAAUAUCAGGAGACCAUUUGAUUGAUCAAAAUUCUGGGAGUGUUAGGAAGGAGUUAAAUGAUGUAUUUUCACCCCAAUGCUCCCCCAUUACAUCUCAAAUAUCAGGAGACCAUUCGAUUGAUCAAAAUCCUGAGAAGUUAGGAUCAUUCGCAGAUAGCAAUUCAGAAAUAGAAGACUUGUCAAGUGCUGCCCAGUACAAUAUUUAUCAUAACAGGACUUCAUUCAGAGAGCUUUUAGAAAUGGCAAGUUCAACCAUGAUGCACAAAGUUAAUAGUCAAAGAAGCAAGUCACCUGAGAACUUUAGAUAUGCAUAUGAUCAUUCCAUAGACUGGAAUCAUGCCAACCUGGUAGAAAACUUGGGUAAAUCAGAUGUUACUCGAGUCUCGGUAGAUGUACCCAUCACCAAUGAAUAUACAUCUGAAAUAAUCCCAAAUUCAGAAACACUUGCAGUUAACUGUUAUAAACCUCUGCAAAUACAAGUCCCAUCAAAUGGAUCCUCCAAGGAUAAGGGCAAGAAUGACAAGAUAUCUAGCUUUCCAACAGCGUCUUACCCCCAAGCUGCAAUUGUUCAUUCUCAAGGACAAACUCAAGAUCCAAUGCAGAAAGAAAGGAAAUUAGAUUUUGGUGACCCCAACAAUGAAAUGGGGAAUAAAAAAGAAAAGAUACAUUCUACCCCCAUAAGAUCAAGAACCAAGAAGCAUGGAGAAGAGAAAACACAGGCUCAAGCAGGAAAAAGAGAAAGGUCAGAGAACAACAUGGACACUGUGGACUGGGAUGCUGUUAGACGAGCAGAUGUCAAUGAAAUUUCCAAUAUAAUCAAAGAAAGGGGCAUGAACAACAUGCUUGCUGAUCGUAUUCAGAGUUUCCUGAAUCGAAUGGUUGACAAGCACAAGGCCAUUGAUCUUGAGUGGCUCAGAGAUGUUCCACCUGACCAGACAAAAGAAUUUUUGCUCAGCAUACUGGGAUUGGGAUUGAAAAGUACCGAGUGUGUUCGACUCUUGACACUGCACCAUCUUGCUUUUCCGGUGGACACAAAUGUUGCAAGAAUAGCAGUACGAUUGGGAUGGGUUCCACUCCAGCCACUGCCGGAGUCACUACAGCUGCAUCUUCUAGAAUUGUAUGAGCUGCAUUACCAGCUGAUUACAUUUGGAAAGGUUUUCUGUACUAAAAACAAACCAAAUUGCAAUGCAUGCCCAAUGAGAGGGGAAUGCAGACACUUUGCCAGUGCCUUUGCAAGUGCAAGGCUUGCCCUGCCAGGACCAGAGGAAAAGGAAGAAGAACUCACAUCUCGAAAAAAAGCAGCUCAGCAGAACCCAUCAACAGUUAUAAAUAAGCUGCCCUUGCCUUUCCCUGAAGAUACAAUCCAAGAGGAAUUUCAACAUACCAAAGUGUUCAUGCAACUACAAAAUGAACCUUUCGUUGAAAUGCCAACAACUCCAGAGCCAGAACGCUAUCAACCACCACAAAAUGAUAUAGAGGAUGCCUUCAAAGAAGAAUCAUGUGAAAUUCCCACAACCAAUCUAAACAUAGAAGAGUUCACUCUGAACGUACAAAACUAUAUGCAACAAAACAUGGAACUUCAAGAAGGUGAAAUGUCAAAGGCAUUGGUCGCCCUACAUCCAAAUGUUGCAUCCAUUUCUACACCAAAGCUGAAGGAUGUGAGCAGGUUGAGAACAGAGCAUUAUGUUUAUGAACUCCCUGAUUCACAUCCUCUUCUGAAUGGGUGGGAACAGCGAGAAACUGAUGAUCCAGGCAAAUACCUCCUAGCAAUAUGGGCUCCAGGAGAGAAAGCAGAUUCCAUACAGCCACCAGAAAGAAAAUGCAGCUCUCAGAACUAUGACCAGCUUUGUAAAGAAGAUGAAUGUUUUGCAUGCAGUAGUCUCUGUGAAGCAAAUUCACAGAUAGUUCGAGGGACAAUACUGAUACCAUGUCGAACAGCUAUGAGGGGAAGCUUUCCACUAAAUGGGACAUACUUUCAAGUAAAUGAGGUUUUCGCUGAUAAUGACUCCAGUAUAAACCCAAUUAGUGUUCCCCGCAGCUGGAUCUGGAACCUUGACAGGAGAAAAGUGUAUUUUGGAACCUCCGUAACAUCCAUAUUUAAAGUGAUACCCAUUGGUCAAAAGUCCGAACAAAAUGGAAGUCUGAAUUCAAGGUUGAUAGCAACUCUCGGAUAUGUUUGCGUGCGAGGAUUUGACAGGACAAGUAGAGCACCCCGUCCUCUGUUGGCUAGACUUCACUUCCCACGUAGCAAGAAGCCUAAGAAGAAGGACAAUACCAAAAAGAAGUCAAAAUCAACAAAGAAAUCGAAACAAAAUAAAGAACAGCCAGAAUCGUUGUCGAAACCUAAGAAGGCCGGUAAAUCUUCAAACCAAAAAAUGUGA